GGUGGUCCGUAGCCUCCAUCCAGCCUCAGCCUGGCUUCGCGGCGGAGGCGGCGCCUCUACCGCAGGGCAGACCCGGCAGCGUUGGCGCGCGGCGCGGGGCGGCAGAGGGCAGGCAGGGGGCGCCGCUCUCGCGGCCCGGGCGGUGACUGACAGCGGCGGCGGCGGCUCUAGGCGAGCGCGGUCCCCGCGUGCGCACACAUUCGAGCCGCCACGCAGGGACCCACCGACACCGGCCGCCGCGGACGCGGACACCCGGGCUCGGCGCGCGCUCCUCGGCGCACACGCUCCGCAUCCCCGGGUGGCGCGGGCCGCGGACUUGCAGCAGCGCUUCCUCCCCGCGGAGUGUGCCCCGGGCCAACCCGCAGCCCGCAGCCCGGUGGCGAGGCCCCGCUGUGAGCAGUAAAAAGAGAGAGGACAACAGUGGGAGUCAGGAACCCUGGACCUAGUUCCAGAGGAGGCCCAUGGUGCUGUCCUUGCUGCACCAUCAGAACUGGGUGGGGCAUUUGGGGAGGGAGAAAGAGCAUGCAAUGCCUCAUGUCAAGUGAUGCAGAAGCACCAUGUGUCCCUGGUGCCCACAUUCCAUAGGUGGGGACUUCAUCACAUGCCUGCACCUGAGAGCAAGGGACCAGGAAGUGUCCUGUCCAGCUGCGAACACCUUGGGGCUGACUAGUGGCUGCUCUGAGUGGGAGGCAGGCAGUGCUGUCCUUCUGGGCUGACUGGAGUCAUGGCCAGCAUCAUGCAGGCCUCCCUGGCUGCUCUCCUUCUGCUGCCUAUGGCCACCACCAUGCACUCUGACUGCAUGUUCAAGAAGGAGCAAGCCAUGUGCCUGGAGAAGAUUCAGAGGGCAAAUGACCUGAUGGGCCUGAACGACUCCUCCCCAGGCUGCCCAGGGAUGUGGGACAACAUCACAUGUUGGAAGCCUGCCCACGUGGGUGAGAUGGUCCUUGUCAGCUGCCCUGAACUCUUCCGAAUCUUCAACCCAGACCAGGGAGAGUUUGAGUUCACCGACAGUAACUCCUUGGAUCUCUCAGACAUGAGGGUGGUGAGCCGGAACUGCACGGAGGAUGGAUGGUCAGAGCCGUUCCCUCAUUACUUUGAUGCUUGUGGGUUUGAUGAGUAUGAAUCUGAGACCGGGGACCAGGAUUAUUACUACCUGUCAGUGAAGGCCCUGUACACCGUUGGCUACAGCACGUCCCUCGUCACCCUCACCACUGCCAUGGUUAUCCUGUGUCGCUUCCGGAAGCUGCAUUGCACCCGCAACUUCAUCCACAUGAACCUGUUCGUGUCGUUCAUGCUGAGGGCCAUCUCCGUCUUCAUCAAAGACUGGAUCCUCUAUGCGGAGCAGGACAGCAACCACUGCUUCAUCUCCACCGUGGAAUGCAAGGCCGUGAUGGUUUUCUUCCAUUACUGCGUUGUGUCCAACUACUUCUGGCUGUUCAUUGAGGGCCUGUACCUCUUCACCCUGUUGGUGGAGACCUUCUUCCCUGAGAGGAGAUACUUCUACUGGUACACCAUCAUUGGCUGGGGGACCCCCACUGUGUGUGUGUCAGUGUGGGCUGUGCUGAGGCUCUACCUCGAUGACACAGGCUGCUGGGAUAUGAAUGACAGCACGGCUCUGUGGUGGGUGAUCAAAGGCCCUGUGGUUGGCUCUAUCAUGGUUAACUUUGUGCUCUUCAUCGGUAUCAUUGUCAUCCUUGUGCAGAAACUCCAGUCUCCAGACAUGGGAGGCAAUGAGUCCAGCAUCUACUUCAGCUGCGUGCAGAAAUGUUACUGCAAGCCACAGCGGGCUCAGCAGCACUCUUGCAAGAUGUCAGAACUGUCCACCAUUACUCUACGGCUAGCCCGGUCCACCCUGCUGCUCAUCCCACUAUUUGGAAUCCACUACACGGUAUUCGCCUUCUCCCCAGAGAACGUCAGCAAGAGAGAGAGACUCGUGUUUGAGCUGGGGCUGGGCUCCUUCCAGGGCUUUGUGGUGGCUGUUCUCUACUGUUUUCUGAAUGGGGAGGUGCAGGCGGAGAUCAAGCGUAAGUGGCGGAGCUGGAAGGUGAACCGGUACUUCACUGUGGAUUUCAAGCACCGGCACCCGUCCCUGGCCAGCAGCGGGGUGAACGGGGGCACCCAGCUCUCCAUCCUGAGCAAGAGCAGCUCCCAGAUCCGGAUGUCUGGCCUCCCUGCCGAUAACUUGGCCACCUGAGCCCACUCCCCUUCCCCCUCUCCUCCAAACACAGGCGGGGCUGCAGGCGGCAUCGACCCAGGCAUGCUGUGCCUCUUUUCUCCCCUCAGGCAGCCCUGGGCUGGAAGCUGGGCUCCCUGAGGUGGGAGAAGGAUGCAGAGCACAGGUGGGUAUUUCCCCUCUCCGUCUGGCUCUGACCCUGCCCACUAAGGGCCUCAGAGCCCGAUCCCAGACAUGUAAAUACUCCUCGAAUUUGGAAAAUCUAAUCCCUACCCCUGUGCCCAGUGUCCCUGCUUACCUCCUGGCAGUGAAUUGCCAAGUUGCCAGGGUGUCCUAGGGUAUUGAGAGGGGAAGCCAUGCCCACCUGCCUGUUAGCAGAAGCUGGUCCCAGCUCCACCCUGGCAUAUCUCCACCUGCCUGACCCUCUGUGUGAGGCCUUGUGUGCUGAGGCUGAUGACCUUGCUUUGGGGGGAUUGGGGUGGCCUGCCUGACAGCUCCCUGCAGUGAGGGCUCCUUGGGUCUGCUUGCCAUUCUAGGGGACUUCCCAGUCCCCGAGGCCUGCCAGAGGUCCAGCUCGGGUGGCCAGAGCAUCCUUCAGACCCAAAGCUCUCUCAUGCUCACCCAACUUCUUGGUGUCCAGGUGCCCAGCUCUUGGGUGCCAGGCUAAUGGUACAACUCUAGGGUUCUUCCAAUCAAAGACUUCAGUUUGGGUGUGAGGCCAAGGGUCAGAGGAAGUUCUGGUGCUUUUCAUUUGGCUUAAGAAAAAUUGCCAAGAGCCAGAAAUGUAGAUAUGAUUGGAAAGGAGAUAGAAAGAAUUUGGGGGACCCCAUGGAAAAAAACUUUCACAAUCUUCAUUAUUUUACCCCUGACUCAAAGUGGGCAGGGGUUUGUCUGGUAGCCUCCCUUCUGACCCUCUUGCAUUAGCUACAGAGGCGAGAGAUGGAUGCCUCAGAGAAACUGCUCCCCAACCGUGCCUGCCACAUACAGCCCCUGAGCCCUGACCCUCCCCAUUUCCCCUGAAGUCGAAGCCAUGACUGGGAUGAACCCGCCGCCUUCCUGUGAUGCCAGUGGACCCUGAAGCACGUUACACCUCCAUGUGCCCAAAGCCAGGGCUCCAGGCUCUCCCCCUUACCACCCACCUGCAUGGACGAUGAAGCAGCUCCUUGGGCUUAGGCUCGGCUACUGAAAUCUCUGUGAGACCUCUGCGAGAUUCCACCGUGUGCUCCUGGCAGUGAAUCGCCAGGUCGCUGAGAGGGGAAGCCAUGCCCACCUACCUGUUAGUAGAAGCUGUUGGGAGGAGCUGCUGCUCCCCAACUCCUGUCUUGGCUCCCCAGACCAAGAAUUUAAGAUGGGGGCGGAACAAGGUUGGGGGAAGGUGGAGGCAAGUACCGGAGUGCCAUGGCCCGUGCAUGGGACCCACUUCGUUCCAUGUCAGCUUUUGGUGGUGUUCCUGUCCAAGUGUGUUUGCAAACUUGUUUCAUGAUCAUGUUUUGGAAUGCGGGAGUUUGGGUGGAGGGGGAACGUUGCUUAGCUUGAUUUUAUAACAAGGGGCCUGGGGACCUUGGAGAUCUGUCUGGAGAGGCCUUCGAAGUGACUGGAGAAGGGUUUAGUUGCUUGGUUUAGAGAUGAGCUCUGUGUCCUUUGCCCAUGAAGCACUGUAGACCUCAGUCUUUGGCAAAUCCAGAGAGAGAAAGGGAGCCACCUGCCCUUUCCUGGGCACAUUUGGUACCUCGGCUGGCCAUGGGUAUAUAGUGGCCCUUCCUGCACUUGGCCUUGUGCCCCACCUCCCCCCGUCUGACAGCCAUGUGCAUUACCCACGUGGGAGUCCACUGGCCACUUUGCAGUUUGGACACCAUUGGGGUCCUGAGCUGCUCAGAAGGAGCCAUGGACUGGAAUUCAGAGACCUAGAACCUACCCCAGUCAGGCAUAAGCCUGAGACUGGACUGAGAAAUCUGUCCUACGCCUCAGUUUUACCAUUUGUGAGAUGAGACAACUUCUAAAGCUUCUCCAGGCUCUUAACUUCAGUAAUUCUACAGUUCAGAACUAAGUCAGGUAAAGGGCAUGCAUCAUUGUUACAUGUAUCAUCUAAGGUUUUGAUGUUUAUGUUUGUGUAUGUGUGGAGGGAGGGGGAAUGCUCUUUAUUUUGCCUUUCUUAGAAAUGAAGCAUCGGUCUCUUCCAUCUGGACACCACCUUGGAAACUGGUGGGCCAGAGGGAAGGAAGGAUCAGGCCCAGGACAACUGGACAGGUGCCUUGAAUAUUAUGUGCAAAUCCAGCCAUGUCCCUGCCAGGGGCAGCAUGCCACGACUGGUGGGUAGUGGCCACCUCUGGAUCCUAGAGCAGUCGCUGAGUGCAGACCCCAUUUCUUCAUCCCUGCCCCCACCAGUAGGUCUGCUUCACUGGAAGACGAGGCUUUGACUUCAUACAUCUAUCACCACAGAGUGGCCAAGACAGUCUGAAUCCCGUGUGCCAUUCCAUCGCCUGAGCUCUGGGCCUGUGUCCUCAUGGACGCUUCAGGUUCCUGUUGGUUCUUUCCAGACAAACGACUGCAGCCCUGGGAAAAGAUGUGCCAGGAGGCUAGGCAGCUGACCUUCAGGGCCACGGACAGUGGGGAGACAGCAAGAGGUCUGGGUAAAAAAGACCCUUUCCUCUCUGACUCUUUGUUUUCAAAUCUAUAAAAUGGGCAGUAAGCCUAGGUGAUUUACACAGCCCAUUGCAUCUCUGGAAUUCUUUGUCUAAACACCAGCCAUCUACUGGGAAUGGGUCUACAGGCAAGGGUUGUGGUGUUUGCCUGGACUGAGAAGGGUAAGAAUCAUGUCUAAUGAGGAAGCGUUGAGGGCCUUGGGAAUGGGUAGGUUGAAGGGGAGCAGAGUGCAACUCCAUGUCUCUGGAUGAUCACUACCAGGAAGGAGACUGUUCUUCUCUGCAGUCCUAAAGGAUGGAUUCACCCCGGGAGGCCGAGUUCUCCUUGGGAUGGAGAGAUCUCUCCUCCUGUCACACUGUCCUGCCAUGAACAGGCACUGUCCAGGGAGGCUCCAGCUCCGGGGAAAUGGCACUCCGAGUCAGGGACGCUGCCUGUCGGGGAGCCUGUCAGGUCGGAGGGAGUGUUUUGUGGUGGGGGUUCAGUGGCCUUCAGACUCCCUGCCGGCCCAAGGCCAGGCCACAUUCUCUGUCUCAGUGGGUAGCUACAUGACCCUUAACUCACCUAGUGGGCUGCAGCGAUUCCUUUCUAACCCCUCCCCUUCCCCAAGCUGACUUCUCCGGGGCCAGGGAGCUGGAGCUGACCCCAAAGCUGGACAUACGUCCGAGUCCAUCAUCCCCCACCAAGGGCACUGACUGUCUUCCAUCUGACCCUUUCCCUUCCUGGAAGGAAAGCUAGAAGAGGCUUCUGGUGUAAUUCUGUGAGUACCCUUAACCCCUUCAAGGCCGCUCCAGAGUGAAAGCAGUGGGCACUUUGUCAUCUUAAAUUCUCAACUUGAGCCCAGUGGCCACGGAAGCCCCCUGGAGAAGCUUUGAGCAAGGAGUGGGGGCCUAGGCUUUUCUCAGCUUUGUCACUGACCUGCUGUUUGGCCUUCACUCCUCCCCCAUGUAUCUCUGGGGAGACCUGGUGCACAAAGCACUAGAGCUGGGAGGAAACUUGGAGAUCUGCAGGUCAAAUCUCCCCAGUGGGCUGAUAAGAAAACCCAGGCUGGCUUAGCAUGGUUGCCUGCACCACAUUGGGAUCCAGUAUGCUUUACAAACCUGAAUAAGGAAAUGGGCCUGCCAGUAUGUGCCCAUCCCUGCACAUGAGCCAGAGAGAGACCCUCAGUGAAGCGUUCAUGCAUUCAGUCUUGUGCAGGAGAGGGGUUCUGGCUGCAGAAUUUAGGACUCCAGACUGCUGGAGGAGCAGUGGGGUCAGCGUGGCAUAGGCGAGACCUGCCUUCUAGCCUGGGUUUCACCACAUGCUCUGUGCUCCAGGGCUGAACCCCUCUGGGCCUCUGCUUCCUAAUCUGAGAGGUGGGAGGGCACAGUGUGCAGUCAGCCCCUCAGGCCAGGGAUGAGGUUGAAGGGAAAGUCCCUGUGUGUGAAAGGGCUUCACACUACGCAGGUGUGCGCUGGAUAGUGGGGCAGUGACCCCUGAAAGGGACCCCUGCUGUUUGUCAACUGCUUUGAGCCCUCCUGGGUUAACCUUUGCCCCUCUUGUAAAACCACCAGCACUGGGGGCCGGGGAAGACCGGUGGGCUCUCAUGGACACAAAAUUCCAGGUUAUUCUCCAUCACUGAUUCAGUUUGUUCUUGGGGUUCGGAUGGGGAGACUCCCACGUGGGUGAUUCAGUGUCUCCGUGUCACCCCCUUGGGAAUCCUUCAAGGAUCUGAGAUACCCCUCAAGUGGGCUGUGUGCCCAUUCCCUCUCCUUUCCCUGAACUCAAAGUCCUGGGAUGCAUCCGUGCUUAGCAAUCUGUGUCUUGUGUUAGGUCUGUUUUCUGUAGCUUUGCCCCUGUCAGGGUGGAAGUGGGGCAGCCCCUAGCAUCCCAGAUGUGGCUCCAGACUCACUUGUGGAGCUAGGCCCAUCUGGGUUUCAUGUCCCUGGAUAAAGAUAAGCCCCCCAGACCUCACUGCUACUGCUGCCUCUGUUAAUACUGUGUUCACAACCUUGUCUGGGAUUUUAAGGAUGUCAAACUGCUGUAGAUGACUCAAUAAAUGUCUUAUUAUUU